ACAGUUGGCCUGUUUCAAAAUAAGCUUUAUCGAUUUCAGUGUUCUCUGACAAUUUAUGGAAAAGGCUAAGUAGUAUUUUCUUGUUUGUAAUUGGAAAUCUCCAUUUUGCAGACCCUUGAUUUGUUUAAUUAAGAAAGGGUCGUGGGGCUUCUGGCCUACACAUUUCAUAGGAUUGGCAUAAUAUGUGGCAUUUUCCCUGUAAGUAUAUAAAUUGUAUAUUUUAUGUGAUCAGUGACUUUUUUUUUCUAUUCCAGUAUAUUUUUGGAGAUUUUAGCCCUGAUGAAUUCAAUCAGUUCUUUGUGACUCCUCGCUCUUCAGUUGAGCUCCCUCCAUACAGUGGAGCAGUUCUCUGCGGCACACAAGCUACAGGCGAACUACCUGAUGGACAAGAAUAUCAGAGAAUUGAAUUUGGCGUUAAUGAAGUAAUUGAACCCAAUGACACUUUGCCGAGAACUCCCAACUACAGUAUUUCAAGCACAUUGAAUCCUCAGGCCCCUGAAUUUAUUCUCAGUUGCACAACUUCCAAAAAGACCCCUGAUGACCUAGAUAAAGAAGUGACCUACAGCUCUGUUGACUGCCAGUACCCAGGCUCUGCUCUUGCCCUGGAUGGCAGUUCGAGCGCAGAGGUGGAAGUUUUAGAAAGUGAUGGUGUCGCGGGUGGUCUUGGACAAAGGGAGCGUAAAAAGAAGAAAAAACGUCCCCCAGGAUAUUACAGUUACUUGAAGGAUGGUGGUGAGGGUGGUAUUCCCACGGAAGCCCUGGUCAAUGGCCAUGCCAAUCCAGCAGUCCCAAACAGCGUAGGCUCAGAGGAUGCAGAGUUAGUGGGCGAUGUGCCCCUGUCGGGGACACGCAGGACUUUUAACAGCCUUCAGGAUUCCAUGGACUUCGUCAGUGACGCUGUGCCUGGUGGGCCUUUCCCCGGAGCCCUCGACGGCGAUGCGAGGACUGCAGGGCAGCCCGAGGGCUGCCAUGGGGCUGACCUGAAACAGUCCUGCCUCCCUGCAGAGACUGGCAGGGACAGCCUGUUGAGGACAGCGGUGGCGCAGCCUUACAUGGGAACUCAUACUACUGAAAACCUUGGAGUUGCUAAUGGGCAAAUACUUGAAUCCUCCGGUGAGGGCUCAGCUGCCAAUGGAGUUGAGUUGCACACUGUGGAAAGCACGGACUCGGACCCAGCUAAAGCCGAGAGCGCUUCCCCUGCUGCCGACGCCCCGGCCUCUGCGGCGGGCACCGCUCCCGCUAGUCAGCCUAAGUCAUGGGCCAGUCUUUUUCAUGAUUCUAAGCCCUCUUCCUCCUUGCCCGUGGCUUCUGUGGAAACUAAGUAUUCCCCUCCUGCCACAUCUCCCCUGGUCUCUGAAAAGCAGAUUGAAGUCAAAGAAGGGCUUGUUCCAGUUUCAGAGGAUCCUGUAGCCAUAAAGAUUGCAGGUAUAGUUCAAAAGAGUUGAAAGUGAAGGUAGGAGCAGAUCUCUGCUCCUGUUGAGUAAGUUUGAGGCUGUCUGGGCUGAUAAAACUGUGUGCUAGAUUGUUACCCAGAGCAGUAGUAGGUGACCUGUGUGCUCAUAGGAAUUUCUCAAGACUGUCUAUGCCUUAAAUGCUUUCUGUCUAGAAAUAAAAUGAUACUUCAGCACAAUGCGGGUGGGUUGGGGGCUCAUACCUUUAUGUUAAGUGAACACUCCAUGUCUAUUACCAGUCUUUCUCUGUUGACAGAGUGCAUUUCCACGUCCUUGCUUUUUGAUCCAGUAAUUCUGCUCCAGCGAGGGAGCAGAAUGCCCUUUUCCUAUCUGUGUCACAGCUGUUGUUCACCUUUGCUUUGUAAUCCUUGAGUUGGACUCACUUUGCGCUGUUUCUGUUCUGUAUUUCUGAGGAUGUAAGAAGGCAUUUGGGUUUUUUUUCUUAUUAUUGCCUGUUUUGGAUUGAGUAAAUGGAUUUUACUCAGUUGUAGAACACCAAGGUUAGCUGUUGAUAGGAAAAGAAAAACUGCAGCAAUUUAGGCCAAAGUUUAUGCUUUGUUUCGAGCGCUCAGGCUCAGGAGGAGGGCGGAUUUCAGUAAAAACAGCUGCAUAAUCUGCAGUUGUUUCUAAGUUAAACUAGGAAGUCAGAAAUGCAGGGACUGUGUACCUGUAUACAUGUCUCAGAAGCCAGAGUAUUUCUUCAGAUUUCACCAUACCAAGAAGUUCAGCAGCAAGCUCUUCAGAUUCUUGCCUCAUUAGCUGAAUUAAGAUAAGCUGUCUCAUUUAGGCUUUAUGUGAAAUGUACUGAUUUAACAUUUGGAGCACCUGACAGCAUCUGUUCCCAGGAUGAGGAUCAGUUCCAGUAGCAAGCUGCACAAUACACAUCCUUUUAUGAAUGGUCACAGUUCCAUCAACACAUCCUUUUGAAUAAUCUUGGUGUCUCGAGUUCUCUUGAAAUGAGAAGAUAAUUGGUCGGCCAGUCAUUUUGGGCUUUAUAUAUAUAUAUUUUAAAGUUAGGUGGUUUCUUUAUUAUAACUUUUGGAAUGUAUUCAUUGCAAGAGAAAGCUGUCACAGUCAGGGUAAGACAGUGUAAACCUUCAUAUAGAUCGGUAUGUUAAAGGUUUUAUUUUUAAACUCUAUAUGAGAAAUGCAUUAGUGGGAUGCUUUUAAAAAUGUGCGUUCUAAGUUCAAAGUUAUGAAAGUGUUAUACUUCUGUUCCUAAAAACCUCCCAUUUCUAGGAAAUUUUCUCAGUCUUUAUUUAAAAUAAGAAAAACUUCAUUUUAAAUGUUUUGAAACAUUUUAAUCCUAUGACUUUAAAUGUAGUUUGAUACAUAGUUUGCUGUGUUGUACGUUUGUUAAAAUCUCGCCUGCUCACCUCUGCUGUUAACUUGCAGGUAGGUAACCUGCUGUGGAGGCUCUCAGCUACUUGUAUGGGGGCGGGGGAGAGCGUUGCUGGGCACAGUCCAAGUAUUUGUGAGUUGAGACAGUGCCUCCCCAGCAGGUUUAUUUUCUUAAUCCUAUGAUUAGUCCAGUUAAGAAGAUGUUUUACUUAUCUGAGCAAAACUGUAGUUCUUUUUAAAAUAUUUCAUUCUUUUGAGCCUUUUUACGGAGCCUUAGAAAUCUGGAAUGUAGCUGCUGACAGUUUUGAGUGGUGCUUCCUAUAACACCACACAGCAGCAGCGCCGACACUAAAUGACUCUUGGGAUCACACACAGCUUAGGUAAAAUGGUGCUGCUUGGAAGUUUUCCCCUUUGUUAUAUUCUCCUACGUAGAGGUUUACUUUAUAAAAAUGAUGAACUAUAUUCAGUUUGUUGUAAGUAAGAUCCACUACCACAAACUUCCCUUGAAUGGGCAUGCUUUUAAGUGUAGGCUCACUUGUUUUAAACAGCACUUAACUGUGUGAGAUGCUAGUUCCAUUAAAAGAUCUCUUGAUUGAUGUUGGUUAUCCUAGAAUUAGCAUAAGCAUCUAACUGGUUCUACUAAGAGAGUAAUUUUUAUGUUUGUUAUUAUAUUUAUUAACUAUGGGGAAAAGAGGGAGGGAGCAUUUCAGACAUCAAGUUUAUUUUUUUUGAAUUCUUAGAAUAAUAUCAAUGUCCACAGUUGAUUUUUUUUUUAAGCCCACAUUCAUUUAUUUUGGAUGUCCACAUUUCUGUGUUCUCUGCCCUAUCAUUAAGUCUGUGCUUCAUAAAUGCCAACUAAUUUUUGUAUAACCACCAGUGAAAUACAAAAUAGGACACACCAACUGUAAACAAAGAAUAAGAACACCACAUAAGGCAUUUUGAACGGAAAUACAGCCAGCUCGUGAUUACUUGUAACUGUUUAUCCAUUACUUUAGCGGGUUCUGCUUUUACUUUCUUGGUUUAGACUGUCACCGUUUUGCUCCAUUGGCUGUUUCUUCUUAAGUGUAAACUCUGAUUUAAGGAGUUGGAAGGGAAGAGCACUUGUCCUGAGGUGCUGAGUGCCUUCCCCAGCCCCGCAGGAAGUGGGAACUGACACAGAAGCCUGCAUGGGCUUGCAGAGGGGUCCUUGUUUCAGCGAGUGGUUUUUGGCAUUCUGAGAGGGAACAUUUUCCACUUUUCAGUAGGAACAACUGAACCAGGAGGUGAGAACAAGAAACUUGAAAAUCUUAGUAAUUUGUAUUUGAAAGUGGUUGCAAAAUAUUAGAUUUGUCCAUGUUUGAGAGUAAGUGUGACGAACGCAAGUAGCACAGGGAUUGCCGGCGCCCAGAGCCGGGGCAGCACAUGUGACCUUGCGAUGAACGUUUACCUUUUCCUGGGUUUUUACUAAGAAACAUUUAUCAUAUCCCAAACCUAAAUUGUAUCAAAUGCUUUCGAAUCACAAAUAGAGCUAUUUUGUAUUUUAUGUUUUGCUUUUAAAAUCUUGCAUCCAUGUAUUUUGUUUUAAAGGAGUGGAAAUAAUGGUAGGCAAGGAGAAGGACUAGGUUGAAGGCCCACAUAAAACGAGUUACAAUUUCAGUGGAAGGAGAAUGAAGUAAACUGAGGUCUUUGACAGCUCUAAAAAAAUCUUUCCUGUGAGGAAAUUGAAACACCUAGUCAUACCAUUUAUUACGAGUUUUAGUCAAAACCUAUUUAAUAUAUGAUUUUGCACAGUAGUUUUAUAUCUUAAGAUUUGUUCCUAGAGAGCAACAAAAUCAUUACAAGUUGGA